AUGAUCAUUUAUCCUCUCGCUCCCUCCAUUAUUAGAGAGGGUGAGAGUAUCACAGUGUUCAUUAGAGUCCGUCCUGUUAGUUCAUAUGAUACUGAACCAGUACCCGCCACUAGUAGCAGCUGUAUCAGUGUGACCACACCCACCACUAUAACCAUCAACACUAAACCAGACCCCAAACUGUUCACCUUUGAUCAUGUGGCAGAACACAACACUACACAGGAGGGUGUGUUCUCGUUAAUUGGUAGACCAAUCAUUGAUGGGUGUAUGCAGGGAUACAAUGGAACUAUAUUUGCAUAUGGUCAGACUGGUUCAGGAAAGACGUUCACAAUGAUAGGUCCCUCUGAUGAAGGUAGUGAUGGAUACAUUCAUGAGUACAGAGGAGUCAUCCCAAGGAGCUUUGAAUAUUUAUUUAGU